AUGGCCGAAUCAUUCAACCUGCUCGAUGCGAGCAUCUCCGAUCUUAAAGAUGCACUCUCAUCCGGCAGACUCACAAGCGUGGACCUGGUAUCGCGGUAUAUACGAAGAAUAAACAUCUACGACGCCAAUGGUCUUAAAUUAAGCGCGAUCCCAAUUCUCAAUCCAUUCGUCUUCGAUGAGGCUGCUGCAUCUGAUGCUCGCCGUGCAAAUGGCUUCCCUCCACGACCACUGGAGGGGAUUCCCUACCUGGUAAAAGACAACAUCAAAGUAAAAGGCAUGUCUGUGGCGAAUGGCUCGCCGGCCUUUGAAAACCUGGUUGCCAACGAAGAUGCAGCCUGUGUGCAGCUGCUCAGGAAUGCAGGCGCCGUGCUACUCGGCCGCACGAACAUGCCUGCCAUGGCGUAUGGCGGAAUGCAGCGCGGUGUCUGGGGUCGUGCUGAAAGUCCCUAUAACGGUGAUUACCUCGCGGCGGCAUAUGCCUCCGGUUCUUCGAAUGGGUCCGCUGUUGCCACUGCUGCGAAUCUGUGUGCUUUUUCUCUUGGGACGGAGACGGUCUCGUCUGGGCGCUCGCCUGCUUCAAAUAAUGCUGUCGUUGCAUACACGCCGUCCAAGGGUCUUCUGCCGCUUCGUGGAGUCUUCCCUCUUUAUCCGACUUGUGACGUCUUGGUACCUCAUACUAGGACUGUUGCCGAUCUAUUCCAUGUCCUCGAUGUCUUGGCUGUUUCUGACCCGACUCCAAGGGGGGAUUUCUACAACGAGCAGAAAGUCGUUUCUAUUCCUUCAAUUGCUGAUGUUCGACCCGAGUCGUUCUCAGCAUUGCAGGAGACUUCUUCCUUGAGGGGCAAACGCAUUGGUGUUCCCUCGAUGUAUAUUGGAGGCGACGAUUCCUCUAUUCAACCGAUUAGCAAAGUGCAAACGCGGGAAUCGAUCAUCAAAUUGUGGCAGGAAGCCCGAAAAACAUUAGAAGCAUGCGGUGCCGAAGUGAUCGAAACCGACUUCCCCCUGGUGACAGAAUACGAAGCCAACGCUGCUUCAGGACAGCUCGUCACCGUCGCAAAUCUCCUAGAUGGCUGGGCCGGUAAUGAACGAUGCGAAGUUGUGUCCCACGCUUGGGAUGAUUUCCUCGUCGCAAACGGCCAGAAGGGCCUCAACUCUUUGACGCUCGUCGAUCCAAACACGAUCUUCCCACUCGCUCCUGGCUCAUUACUCGGCACACCAGAGGUCGCGAAUAAGCCGCGAUGGCGCGAAAUCGUCCAAUACCCGCACACGAAGCCCUCCUCCAUUUUCGAAAUACCAGGUAUGAAGCAGGCGAUACAAGCACUAGAAGAUGCUCGAACAGAGACAUUCGAGAAAUGGAUGGAUAAGCUGGGCCUAGACGCAGUCGUCUUUCCGUCCACUGCAGAUGUUGGUGCCGCGAAUGCAGACGUCGACAAAGACGCGUCACUAUUUGCCUGGAGCAACGGCGUCAAAUACUCUAAUGGAAAUCGACCCAUUCGCCACCUUGGUGUGCCUACCAUUUCGGUUCCAAUGGGUGUUAUGGAGGAUACCGAGAUGCCAGUUAAUCUCACGUUCGCCGGGAAGGCGUAUGAGGAUAAUUGUCUCCUGAAGUAUGGAUAUGCCUAUGAGAUGGCAUCAAAGUGCCGCGUCCUGCCACCUCUUGUGCCAGCUCUUGAUUCGGAUUGUAUCUUGGAUAGGAAGAGCUUGUCUCCCCAUGGCCUGGAGCUUGUGGUAGAGACACAGGUUAAGAAGGUUCGUGGUUCGGAUGUAGUUGUUGAGGUUGAGGGGUCUUCGAAGGGCGCUGUGUUGAAAAGUGUCGUAUGUUAUGUCAACGGGCAACCGUGUGAUACUGCUCUGAAUAAUAGGAAGUGGUCAGCCAAGUCUUCAUACCCGGUGUCUGAUCGAGAUGGGAAGUGGGAGAAAUGGGCAAGUCCUACGCUGAAGCAGACUAUUGUUGUGGUGACGGGGUACGCGGAAGGCGGCUCUGCGGCCGGGAAGCUCAUUAUUCUGUGA